ACCGGAAACAGUGUAUAACGCUUUUUCCGCAUCUAUCAUCCCGUGUGUCUCAGCUCCAAACUAAAGAGGAGAAAAAAAACAAAUGCCUGAGUUCAUUUAUUUAUUUAUUUAUUUUAAAAACACCUUGGUGAGUUAAAAAUGACGGAGAGGAGUAACGUUACAGACGGCCGCAGCUGAACGGAGGUGUUGCUGUUAAACUGCAGGAGCGGAAGUUGUUCAACCAAAACAGUCGGCGGUAGUCGGGGCAGUGUUUCAUUUAUUGUGUUGAGCGGUGUGGAGGGAAGAAGACCUCUUUUUGGAGUUUGUGAUUAUCUACACUUGAAGAAGGCGCUUGGGCAUACAGGUGCCAUGAGCAGUGAGCUGAACGUGCCUAUGGGCUCCCCUGCCCCAGGGGCCUCAGAGAGGGGUGCGGACGGCGGCGGGAUGGACUACAGGGACUGGGUGCGACGCAGUUACCUGGAGCUGGUCAGCUCCAACCAUCACUCAGUGCAGGCCCUGUCCUGGAGGAAACUCUACCUAAGCCGGGCCAAGCUGAAGGCCUCCAGCCGGACCUCUGCACUGCUCUCUGGCUUCGCAAUGGUGGCCAUGGUGGAGGUGGAGCUGGAGGUACAAUACACUUACCCUCACGUGCUCCUCAUUGCCUUCAGCGUGUGCACCACAGUGCUGGUGGCAGUGCACCUCUUCGCUCUGCUGAUCAGCACCUGCAUCCUGCCCAACGUGGAGGCCGUGAGCAACAUCCACAACCUCAACUCCGUCAGCGAGUCGCCCCACGAGCGCAUGCACCACUACAUCGAGCUGGCGUGGGGCUUCUCUACGGCCCUGGGCAUCCUGCUGUUUUUAGCGGAGGUGGUGCUCCUGUGCUGGAUCAAGUUCUUGCCCGUAGACUCCAGAAAGCAAACCACCUGUAGCACCACAACAGCCAUGAACGCAGCGACGGUUACGCCACCUGUGACACAGGGCAGCGGCUGGCAGGCUGCGCUGGCCUCCACGAUCAUCAUGGUCCCAGUGGGGGUGAUUUUUCUGGUGUUCACCAUUCACUUCUAUCGCUCCCUGGUGCGCCACAAGACAGAGCGUCACCGCGACGAGAUUGAGGAACUGCACAAGAUUAAGUUGCAGCUAGACGGCCACGAGAGAGGCCUCCAGACAGUGUGAUAACAUGACGGCAGCUUUACAGACUUCUCUUUGUAUCCCAUAUUUAUCAAACCCUCUCCCUUCUCUGACAGUUGUUUUGGUCAUUGUUAAAGCCUUGCUUGGGACUUGUAGACAGCGAGCUUAAGAGCUCUUCACUUUACAGCACAAGCCAGACUUCUAAUUUAUUCUUAAGGUUAAGAUAUGUUGUAAGAUUUGUGCAGCGUCUGUGUUUUAGAUCUGUAAAACUUGAUGGUCAAAGAGGUUUACAGGAAAAGGGCUAAUAUGUUCUGUGUGCCAUUUUUGUGCCAUGUCUGUGUUUAUUUGUUAGGGUUGGGCGAUAAAUAGCUGGUUACAUGUACAUGUCAAAUAGAAACCAGAUUCGCUCAGAGGCUCGCAUUAGCUCUUAUCAUCUCGCCAUGUUCACCCUGUCACACUGUCCUCAGCUCGUUGUGUUAACCGCAAAGAGCCGAGUCAUGCGUCAUACGUUUCACUCCGACUGAUCUGACUUUGAUUGAGGGCAUUUCAGCACCAUGUAUACAAGGGGAAAAAAACAAACAAACGUGAAACUUGUUGUAAAGUCUUAAGCAAUGUUCCUGUAAAAUUGUUACUGUUUUUUUUUUAUGUUCAAAAUCUCAGACAAGCCUCAGCUGUUUUGUCACGUUCCUCCUUUGAAUAGCUUUUACUAUCUUUUACAAAGACCCCGUAAAUGUAAAAGGUGUCAAACCAGUUGAGUCUGCAUACCCAUGCUGCUCAAUGGAUUAAAUAUGAAUGUGUUACAGUCCAAAUAUAGUUCUGCCUUACAGAAUCAUUGCCUUUUAUGAACUGCUGUUUAGCUUAAGGUCAUAACGGAUGCAGAGUUUAAAUCAAUAAAGUUUAAACAGCCCAAAGGGUUCUGGGGGAAAAAAAAGGUCAAAACGGUGAAGAGUAUGAAAUGAGAAGAGUCACAGAGUGCAUGUUGUAAUCAGCAUGACCUCCAGUUCACAUACUAAAUAUCUGAGACCUUUCUGUGAGUGUGGGUUAACUAAAAGAAUCAAAACACACACACACACACACACACACACACACACACACACACACACACACACACACACACACACACACACACACACACACACACACGGUGAGUUGGCACUGCCUUAGAUGAGGUCAAAAAGUAAAAUGUACCAACCUGUUACCACAUUCCAAAUACGAUGACUGACCAAAGCGUUGCUCAGUUGUUCAUUUAUAUUUUAUGCUUCUCAGUUGAGACAAAAGUGCACUUGUAGUUUAGGUGUACAGCGAGCAAGUGCCGGGGAGCACCUUUCUUUGUCUCAUGUCCGUGGAUUUGUGUUUCUUAAAUGAAUACUUCAGAGGUCUUGGAGACCUGUGUUGGAAGAUGAAAUUCUCAGCCUGCAGCAGACUUCUGAAAUAAAGACAAAUAUUGAAGUUCUCAUUAUCUUGUGUAUGUCUUGAAUAAAAAACAUAAUGGGUUUGCAUGAAGUGAAAACGGGAAUAUCUCCAUGUUGGACUGCCAUGAGAUUUUGUACAGACUCCAUCAGGUUAUAAUUUUAAAAAAUGAUAAUAACUUUGAUCAUCUUUUAAAAACCACUAUGAUCAAUAUUUUUGAAUUAUAUAUCCAACAACUGUGAAAUCAAUGUGAAAGGGAUCGAAUUAUUGCCUGAAUCUGCAUCUCCCCUCCGACUUACUGAGCUUUAUACACUCAGACAGACAAAACUUAGCAACUAGUUGGUGAACAAUGUGAAGCAUUCAGAAGCUUAAGAGUCCAGAUAAUUCCCUCCAGAGACAAUAACAGCUGUUUCCUGUUUAAAAACUUAAGCUUUUUUACAUUUCAGAUCCAGUUCAAAUACUAAUUCAUGACUAAAUACCUGAAACCUGUCCACAAGCUAAAACACUGGAUGAACAUAAAACAUUAUUUCUUCUUAACAUCAGCUAUCAGCUUUUAGCUAUUACGUGAGCCCACAUAGAUCCUGUGUGCUUAUCCAAAAUACAUAAUACUAAUGCCUAAGUAAGUACCGGCUCAAAGAGGCAUGGCUGUAUUUUUUUUGUGUGAAAAAGAUGUCUAAGUAAAGAUAAUUUACUCUAAAAGGGGCAGUAACAAUAUUUUUCAACAGUAUUCAAAGUUGAAAUUUAAAUAUCUAAAAAAAAAGAAUAUAAAAUCAGACAAAACUACACUGUGUACAACUGUGUUUACAUAUCACCUGACAUCGCAACUCAUAACUCCGGCUUUGACAGAGCACACUGGGUUUUUGUUCUAACAGAGAUGCCCACAGCUGUGUGAGCAGAGCUGAAUCAACACUAAAUCUUUGGAUUAAAUGUGACAGUGAUGGUAAUGAAAGCAAAUACGCUGACAAGGAAAUAUGACUUCAACGUCUGUUUGGCAGCAUGAAAUUAUAUUUAUCCAACACUUGUCCAGAGUGUCUGUGUGAACUACAUGAAUUUGUCCUCCUGGUGAAACCCACCUGUCCUGAAGGUAUCAUGAUGGACUGUAUAUGUUAGCAGGAAUGGUUCUCCACAAGGUACAGCAUGUAUCAGCCCUACAGCACACGCUCUAGCGCACACCUCAGGUAAAUACAGUCUGCAAAUAUUUGCAGAUUCUCUUUCACAUAGAUACAAGACAUAUGAACUGCCUGAUAAGACACGUGCAAGAAAAAAAAAGGUCGCAGUCAUGAUACUUUUCCAACCAAGUAAAAUUUCAUGUUUAUAGAGUCCUGAACAGAAAACGUGAGAGAAACUCAUUUCAGUCUAGAAGACAAAACACUCCAUGGCAGCACAUUUUGUAAGUAACAUGACUCCACUAUUUGGCCUUGUACUGGAGGUGAUGUAGAUUUCUUUUGUUGUUGAUCUGUUUCUAUCUAGCAAAAAAUUACAAAAUCAGAAAAUAGAAAUUCAGAAACUCAUCUGUUGUACAUCCUUUUGCCCUUCAAAGUCUAAACUGACGCACUUAAUAUUUUGUCUGCCUGCACUUUUGGUCUAAAGCCACCAGGGGGCAGACAGUACAUAUCCCACACUUCAUAAAAGCCACAGCUUGGCUGCCAAAUCCACAUUUCUACAAACCACCUUCAACAUUUUACUCUAGCAAUGUUUUUGAAAGAAGAAAAUCUCAGAAUGAUGCUGGUCUGCUAAUGUGUGUGCCCCCCCCCCCUUCCGCUUUACAUGCAUAAGCUACAUACAGUAUAUACUACAUCUUCAAGACCUUCAAAGCCACAAUAAACACAUUUAUUCAUACACACGGCCUCAGCGAGAAUACAGGUACAGAUAAUACAGGCCGCUCUCCUCCAUCGCUCUGGGCCUGUGAAUUAUACAGGGUUGUUUUCGUUUCAGAAAUUGUCAAAAUAAAAAUUUCACAAAUUGAAUCAGAUCAUGGGAUCAUGUUUAAAUAUCUCACAACUGAAACAAGUUGUUCGCUUACGUCUCACGAGCUAAAAUCUCAUUUUAACUCGAGGAACAUUUGUAUGUAAACCCAACACAUUUUUGUUUGUUAGUGCAAAUCUAAGUGAACCAGUUAGUUCAUUUGUAAGAUAUAACAUAUAUAACAUUUCCAAAUCUAAUUUAAAGGGUUUGUUUGUUUUCCAAUUAGGUAGGCUAGACAAUGUUUGUGAUUCUAAAGCCUUUAUAAUACAGCUUUAGAAAAAAAAAUGUUGCACUCCAGGUUGAUGAUAUAUAUAUCAGUAAUAAACAGGAUGAGUCUCUCUCAGAGCCAAAAUGCUGCAGGAAACUGCUUUGAAUACUGACUUCUGAUUGUUCAAAGUUCAUAGAUUUCCAAUCUUGUUAAUUACAGCUGAAGAUUCUCAAUGCCCUCUCUGCUAAAAAGACAAAUGGUACAAGCUAAUACAACAACAAAUGCUCCCGACAGAUAAAACUUAAAGUGUACAUGUAGCAUUCAGGUUGAUCUUUUCUUGACAACUGCUGCUCACUGGGGAAUGUUCAACAAAAUGUGAGGAGUGCUUGUCAAAUUUCUAUAGCUCAUGACACUGAUCUGUACUCAUAGAACUAACCGGAAACAGGGGUUCCUAAUCAUUGUUACUUCUUUAUUUAUAUUUUUGAUCACAACUUGAUUAUUUUGUCAUUUUGCUUGAGGACAACAGUUUUAACCAUGAUCGUAAGUUAUUACUUCUCCAAGUCGAUGGUACUUAUCGUUUAUCUUCAGGUCGAGAGGAAUGACUUUUCGAAAUCCGAUUUGGAUAUCCUGAGAUGGUUAGAGGAAGAAAAUAAAAAAAGUUUGAUAUCAAAGAGUAACUUCAUCACUAUUCUCAAAUGAUGGGCUUAACGGGUUUGCCCACCCCCUGCUUGGUCUUGUAUUUCAUAAGCAAAAUCUUCCAAUCCCCCCAGUGAGGGAUCAUAUCCUUGUUGCUGCACUAGUGACUCAAUAUGCUUCAAACAAAGUGCUUCUCGGAACGUCUAACAGCAUUUGAAACACCCUAUUCGAUGGCGGAACCGAUUGGGGUCCUGUGUCUGACAACUUUCUGUAGCAGACAAUCCGACAAACUCAGACCUUACGUAAAAAUUGAUGUUUGGAGGUGUGAAAAUGUGCAGGGUUUGAACUGGGGGUGCCAGUUUUGCCUUUGACAGACAGACAAACAAGAGGCACUGUUGAAGUUUCAUGUCUCCACUGCACAGGUCAGCUUCUCUGUGAGGCUGUCUGAACAGACUUUUGUCUUUUGAGGCGUUUGAUGACAUCUUUUAUGACCUUGUUUGUUUGAAACAUACGAGAGACCUUAAGCAGUGACAAGUCGUUAAGAGGACUGAAAAUCACGAAGAAGAAGAAUUUAAAAACUAAAAAGAUAUGGCCAUUUGUCAUCUCAAGGUAACGACAUAAUCAAGUUGUGUUUGGGAGAAAUUUACCAAAAAAAAAAUUUACUAGCGCUUUCAGUCAAACUGAACUUUCAUAGUUAACAGUGCAGAAAAAUCCUGAAAAGUAAUCUCAUACAAAGCUUAUCUCAAAAAGACCUGAAAUACAACUGACAAAAAAAAAAAAAAAAA